AUACCACCAAUCAUAGUUUGCUUAUUUCGUCGAAUCUUUACUGUUGAGUUUUUUCCAGCACCGAUGGAAAUGAUCGAAAAGGCCAACUUUCUUCAUCGAGGUUUCAUCCUUGUUUUGCUGACAUGUACAUGCAUGGUUCUUGCGGAUUAUAUAGAUAAUGACGUCUCUUGCCCUAUGGCGAUCUCUUGUCCUUCAAUUAAAGCACCAGGUUCUGAUGACGUCAUCCAACUGGUGAAGAAGAAGGUACCACGUGGUCAUCCUAUGGCAAUCCCUCAACAGAUGAAAGGAAUUGAUCUGAAUAUUGUAUGCUCCAUACCAGCUUGCUUGUCUAACCCUUGUCUACACGGAGGUACCUGUAAUGAGACCAAUGAUGGAUAUGAGUGUCACUGUCUCUUUAGCUUUACUGGCAAACGAUGUCAAGAAUCAACUUCCACCCAGGACGACACGACAACAACUACUACUACACUCUCUCCAACUGCCGCUAACUCUGAAUCAAUUUCCACCCAAGACGACACGACAACAAUAACCGAUUCUACUACUGCACUCUCUACCACUGCCGCUAACUCUGAAUCAACCUCCACCCAGGACGACGCGACAACAACUACUACUACACUCUCUACCACUGCCCAUUUAGCUGACUAUGUGUGA